GAUGAGAGAAAUUGUAAAGCUAAAAAAAUGUGUAUAUUGUAUUAGAGAGCAAAUCUAUUUCUGUUCAUCCGCGAAUCAUCUGACAAGCUCUAACCCUGAAAAGUAAUUGAAACAAGCAUGUAAUCUUGUUUGGAAUCUCAUCAGACUGGUUUAAACUCACUCAAUCCGGGAGAAAGAGAGACGUGGAGGGAGAGGCAGAUCAGUGCACCAAAAGAAAAGCAAAUGCAAGCCUUUCUACCACACCUGUAACACUGAAACACCCAGAUUCAACACGCGGACGAGUGAGAGACCACUGGAUCAAGAAAAUCUAGGUCAUUUCUUCAGGGAUUAAAGUUGUUUCCAGAAUCCUUUGAUCUGUUCAUCAGGACUAUACUUGUCAAAUAAGCAACAUAAACUGAGAAAACCUACAGAUCUGAAACGAGACAUGUGCUCUUGCACAACAUGUGCUCACUUUAGCCAGUAGAUCUUCAUUCCAGUGCCAAACUGCUGAUUACAGCCAUGCCGUUCUCCCGCAGCUUCUUGUCUGAAGAGCACCUGCUGUGCUCCAUCUGUUUAGAGGUGUUUGACAAUCCGGUGUCUUCACCAUGCGGCCACAGCUUCUGCAUGAGCUGCAUCAGCCACUACUGGGACACGGCGAAACACUGCCAGUGCCCGCUCUGCAAACAGACCUUCAAGAGAAAACCUGACCUGCACAUCAACCGCACACUCCGAGAGAUCACCGAACAGUUCAAGUGCAUGAACGGGAACCUGGGGGCCUGCGGAGGUGACGAAGCUGAAAAAGACGGAAUAACACAAGAGUCAACAAACGGGACGCUUAAGCGCGGCCAGCUUCCAAAUCAGCUCUUUAGUGAAAUGAAAAGGAAACUGAUACGACGCAGAUCCCGGGACACUUCUCUGGCCUGUCACAAUGAAACAGGGGCUGAGCAAACUGAGCAAACAACACAUGCAGACAGUGAUGACACAGAGUUGCCCAAUUUUGCCAGACAGGUGUCACUGAGAAGGUAUUCAAUGUGCGGAGCGGCGAAUGCCGUGAAGGUGCCAUUGUGUCCGAAGCAUCACCGAAACCUGGAACUGUUCUGUCGGACUGAUCUGGAGUGUAUUUGUGCCGAGUGCGAACAAACAGAGCACCAAACACACAACAUCACCUGUGCUGAGAAGGAGUGGCAGAUUAAUAAGAUAAAGAUUUCUAUCACAGAGACAGAGAUACAGGAGAUGGCCAGGGUGAGGACGCAGAAAGCGGAGGAGAUUAAGCAAUCACUAAUUGACAUCAACGCGCUGGCACAGCACGAGGCGCAGCGCAGCAUGCAGCUGUUCGGGGCACUGAUCAGCUCUCUGGAGCGCAGUCAGGCUGGCCUGCUGGAGGUUACAGAGAUUAACCGACGCUCAGCAGAGCACCAGGCCGAGCUCAUGAUCCGAGAGCUGGAGCAGGAGAUCACAGAGCUCCGCACCAAGAGCACAGAGCUGACUAAACUGGCCCAAACUGACAACUACAUCACUGGACUGAAGGGUUACUCUGAUGCCAGUACUCCUGUGUCAGUGAAGGACUGGUCAAGUGUUUCUCUGAGCUGUGAUUUGGGGACUGAAGGGAUCUGUGCCUCUGUCUGUCAACUACUGGAGCAGUUUAAAGAGGAGCUGCAGAAACCACCUGCUGCCUGCCCCUUAAUAUCUGCUAAUCAAUCACCGGCCAAGUCAGUCAAAGUGAAGAGAAUACAGGAAUAUGCAGUGGAUGUGACCCUGGACGCCAACACGGCCCAUCCACGCCUCAUCCUAUCUGAAAACAAGAAGAUGGUGUGGUGCAGUGAAAAUCAGCAGCAUGUUACCAACCACCGUGAGCGCUUUGACCGUGUGGUCUGUGUGCUCGGUCGCGAGGGCUUUAACACUGGACGACACUACUGGGAGGUAAAGGUAAACGGAAAGACCGACUGGGAUCUGGGGGUCGCAAGUCAUUCCUGCAACAGAAAGGGUAAAAUCAAAGUCAGUCCCAGCCAUGGAUACUGGUUUCUUAGCUUGCGGGACAAGAACAACUACGCUUUCAGAACUGAGCCUCCCACUGUGCUUCAUCUCAGCAACAAACCUCAAAAAAUGGGGCUAUUUGUGGACUACGAGAAAGGCCAAGUCUCCUUUUAUGACGUUGACGCAAAAAUGCACAUCCAUACGUUCAUGGACAACUUUUCGGAGACCAUUUAUCCAUUCUUCAGUCCCUGUACCAACAAAAACAGCAAAAAUGAAGCUCCGCUGGUGAUCACACCUGUGCUAAGCUGAAAUGUAAAAUGAGAAGCGAACAGCUUGUAAUUGAUUCGUCUGCUGACGCAUCGGCAAUUCAUUUACAUUAGUGCUUUUUCACAACUGAAAUGGUUGUUCUAAAGCCCAGGUAAAUGAAUGCUGGGUUUCCUCGCGUCAUGUUUUAGAUUGCUCACUAUUUACCCAGGGUUAACAGUUAAUCUCGGGUAUUCAUAUGUUGAGGUUUUCACCAUACUCUACCUGACAAAUGUCUUGUCGUCCAUCCCAGUUGUAAGAGCAACAAAUAAUUACUUGACUUCUAGUUGAUCAUUUGGAAAAGUGGCAGAAAGUAGAUUUUUCCAUCUGUUGA